AUGUUAUUCGAUGUUUUUCAUAGGGAAUUGCAUGUCUGCAAACGAUAUUUGCCUGUUUUAAUUACAAUUGCUGCCAUCGUCUUUCGAAAGCUCCGACUAUUGCGCGAAUCGACGUUUCUCUCGGUCCGCGUCCAUCUUUCUAUUAUUGCUGCUGCUGUUGUUGCUUGUCGCUUAAGCCAUUCGGCUGCUCGGCCUUAUGUGCUUCGAACGCAUUUAGCAUUCUUACAGUCGGGCACAUGCUUAAAUUGA